UCUUAAAUUCUUUGGGAGAAGCAGCAGAGAGAGCUAGCUAUAUUUCGUUGUAUUUUUUUUCUUCUUCUUCUUAGUUUACCUUUCACUUACUAAUGCAGAUAAUUUAGCCUACUCAACAACCUAACACAAACAGAGAUUAAUGCUAUUUUGUGUGCCAGAACAGCCGAAAGAACCCUCACCAAAGUCCAAAACGAACAAAAACGUCACAAAAUGUUGUCAUAAUAUAUGCACAAACUCUUCUGAACUGUUUCGGCUGGAAAGAAUGCGGAUGCUUUUAGCAGUACAAGCUAGCAAUUCCCCAUUUUCACUAGUGUACAGAUUAUAGCUAAAUAACUAGUGGAGGAAUGUACAUGCCAUAAAGAAAUAAUACCUUGCGGUAAAUAAGACCUCAUGUGUAAGCAGUUACAACAAAUUACAGUUUACACAUAUUCUCUAUACAUAUACAAAUUCUUGGGCAUGAGGCCGCCAUGUGCAAAUCAAUUGGCUAGCAAAAAUACCAUAACUCGGUGUGCUAAAGUAAAAACGACAUAACACAAUAUACAACAAGGAAAUAUGCAUUAUGAUAAGGUACUGUUGCAUGAACACAAACCUCUACAAAGUUAUUGUAAGUAAGGAAACAACAAAGGCAAUGUGUGCGUCAGGGGAAAUUCCCUGCUGCAUUCAACAAGUUAGGGCAGGUUCUGACCCAGAGAAUAUGCAAAUGUCUGUAUAUGCAGAAACAGGUGAGUGACGUAGCACCCAGAAUGGCAGAGAAUAUUGUACACUAACCCUAUAAAGUUGUGUAAUGACUUAACCUUUUUGUUUUUUGAAAAUGAUGUCUCGCUGAUAUGAAAGAUGCACUCCUUAUGUUUCCAAAACCGUACCGCAAGCAAUGUGUGUUCACAUUCAGACCGAGUGUCAGGGCUCUUAACAAAAAUUCCCCGGGAAGACGAUACCUUCAUCAAUAUGCGCUAAAGGUAGUUUGCGUCUAUGAAUGGGGUAAGUAAAGACAUACCGGCUAGUCCACCACUUAAACCUGCUGUUGGUGGACAGAAAGCAUGACCCUGUGAUGAAACUCACCUGGUUGGACCAUAGAUAUGAAAAGGGUGGAACUGGUGUGGCCUGUUUGGCGUUGCUGUUGCUCUCCACCAAUCGUCAAACCUGUCUUGAAGCAAGAUCAUGUAUUUAUAAGUUCCUUCACAAGGGACUUCCUCAUUUUCACCAUACUAUUGUUUAAUGGCAAUCAACUCACUAGCUCUCUGGAAGUUUCAGACAACAUACUUGGAACAUAUUUAUAUUUCCUUUCUGUGAGGUCGUGAAGCAGCGGUGUACUGUCUAAACAGUCUCUGUGUGAAAGGGUGUAGCCUGCCUUCUGCAUCACUCAGCAUGGGCCCCAAGAAGAAAACUGUCUGGGGGAAGCUGUGUGAGAAGACCAAGACCCAGUUCAACAACAUAAAGAAGAAGACAACCCCGGGGAAGCUGGAGAAGAAAAAGCCCCUGCAUUACAGACGCAGUAUGUCAGUGCCGGACCUGAGAAUGAGUGCACCUGUGGAGACACAAACUCUCUAUGAUGAAUCAGAAGGGGAGGACAUGGCGACCUUUAUGGGCAGAAUCCACAUGCCAUCAGACAAAUGGAAUACACCUGCAGAGAGAUCAACUUCUUCUGCUUCGUCUACUUCAGCAGAAAGAGUAAAAACACCAGUGGACAGAGGGAACCCACCCAUACCUACCCCGAGAUCAAAUGCUCCAAAUAUACAUGUGCCCACAACAAGAUUGACUUCACCAGUGGAGAGAAUUCAUAUUUCUACAGAAAGAUUGUUCUUCUCUGAAGACAGAGUGGCUGCUAGGGACCGAGUGAGUGCAUCUGCUGAAAGAUCUGCUUCUUCUGUCUCUGACCAAACAAACCUAGUUACAGAGAGACUGUCUGCUUCAAGGGAGCGAGGGAAACAACCAGCAGAAGUGAAAUGGUCUGUUCCUCCAAAUCCACAGGACAGAUUGAACAUCCCUCCAGAUAGAUGGUCUCUGCCAGUGGACAGGGUGGACAGGAUGGGCACCCCGGACAGGAUGGGCACCCCUGCGGACAGUGUGGAUGGUUCUGCGUGUGGAACCCCAUUAGAGAAACAAUCCUACACGUUCUGGCCCACUGACUCUGAGGACCUGGAUAUGACAGAGCCCCCCCUCUCCACAGACAUCAGAGACAUCUUCUGCAGGGAGCUUCAGGAAGACAUUGAGUUACCCAAUGAGCACAAUGACUUCUAUGCCCAGCCCUUGCAGGAUCAAGCAGGCAACAAUGCUAUGGCAGCGGGGAGCCCACCUGUUCCUAUACAGAAGUACCUCCUCACCAUCAACCUGAAGGAGGGCAGGAACCUGGUCAUCAGAGACCGCAACGGUACAAGUGAUCCUUAUGUCAAGUUCAAACUGGAAGGGAAGACGUUUUACAAAAGCAAAGUUGUGCAUAAGAACCUGAAUCCAAAAUGGAGUGAGUCCUUCUCCUUCCCCCUGCAGGAUUGGGAGCAGGAUGUCGACGUGAGGGUCUAUGAUAAGGACCGUAUCACUGAUGAAUUCAUGGGUUCCAGCACGAUUGUCAUCAAAAACCUUGAAUUAGACAAGACCAGUGAGAUGGUGCUAAGUCUGGAGGACCCCAACAGUCUGGAGGAUGACAUGGGGGUCAUCGUCAUUGACACAUGCCUAACUUUCAGAGAUGCUACGAUCAAAAGACCAAAAUGGCACCAGAAAAAGAGAAGAUUUAGGGGAGGCCAGAACCAGAAGGGGGACCAGCUCCAGGAUAAGGCCCAGACCCAGCGCUCGGCUGAGGCCACCAAGAAGAGCCAGCUGUGGAGUGGAGUGUAUGGUAUCACCCUGUUAGAGGGACAGGACAUGCCUGAAUACGGCCAGGGGGACGUCUAUGUGCGCUACAGACUGGGAGAGCAGAAGUACAAGAGCAAGAGCCUGUGCGUUCAGGCCAACCCUCGGUGGAGGGAGAAGUUUGACUUCAACAAGUAUGAGGACUGGCUGGAGCCACUGCAGGUGGAGGUGUUUGCUAAGAGAGGCAGGAAGAGUGAGGUAUCCUGGGGAAUGUUUGAGGUGGACCUGUCCAGGCUGCCAGUAAACACACAGCAGCUCUACACCCAAGUCCUGGACCCAGGCAAAGGCAGGCUGGUAUUACUGGCCACCUUCAGCCCCUGCAGUGGGGUCUCCAUAUCAGACAUUAACAAACCUCCCCUGGAACAGCCAGACGAGAGGGACCAAAUCCUGGAGAAAUAUAGUUUGAAGAACUCUCACAUAAGUGUGAGGGAGGUUGGCUUCCUUCAAGUCAAGGUUGUCAAUGCAACAGGUCUCACAUCAACUGAUCUCAAUGGGAAAAGUGAUCCAUUCUGUGUACUGGAGCUGGGGAACAGCAGGCUACAGACUCAGACCCUCUACAAAACACUCAACCCUGAGUGGAACAAAGUCUUUACAUUCCCAAUAAAGGACAUCCAUGAUGUGUUGGAGCUGACAGUCUUUGAUGAAGACGGAGAUAAAGCCCCAGACUUUGUGGGCAGAGUGGCCAUUCCACUACUCACUGUUGAGAAUGAACAGCAGGUCACCCGAGGGUUGAAGAAUGAGAACUUGGGGGGUCCAGCCAAAGGUACCAUCUCAUUGGUGAUGGAGGUCCACUAUAAUCCAGUUAGAGCCGGCAUCAGAACAUUCAAACCAAAAGAGGAAAAAAUCCUGAAGGACAACACAACAUUUUCCAAAAAGGUCCUUGCCCAGAAUAUCUACCGAGUUCGGAAAAUCACCCUGGCAGUGCUGCAUACGUUACAGUACAUUAAAAGCUGUUUUCAGUGGGAGAGCACGCAGCGGAGUAUAAUAGCCUUCCUGACCUUCAUGGUGAUGGUGUGGACCUGGGAGCUCUUCAUGAUGCCCCUCUUCCUGCUGCUGCUUAUCGGCUGGAACUACUUCCAGGUGACCACGGAGAGGGUCAGCAGCAAUCAGGACCUGGCGAACAUGAACAUGACCGACGAUGAGGAGGAAGAUGAGAAGGAAUCUGGGAAAAAGGGACUGAUGGAGAAAAUCCAUAUGGUCCAAGAGAUCGUCAUCACUGUCCAGAACAUUUUGGAUGAAAUCGCAUGCAUAGGGGAAAGAGUCAAGAACACAUUGAACUGGUCUGUGCCCUUCCUGUCCUGCCUGGCCUGCUUGGUUCUCUUUGUGGCAACAGCAGCAUUAUACUACAUCCCACUGCGCUACAUUAUCUUCAUAUGGGGCGUUAACAAAUUUACCAAGAAGCUGCGCAAUCCGUAUGCCAUUGACAAUAAUGAAAUACUGGAUUUCAUCAAGAGGGUGCCUUCUGAUGUUCAAAAGGUGCAGUACAGCGAGCUGAGAGCGCCCAGCGUCCAGAGCCCACCACGGAGGAGAAGGUAAGCCCCGUGGACAUGCUAGAUGAAAGGCCCGGGCUCCUUCUGAAAAUGGCACAGCCCAGUCUGCUACGAUGACAAUGCUCCAGUGCCAGCAGAAUCUGCGACCCCUUACCCCCCUCUCCCGUGCCCCCUGCUGCGGGGGUGCAGUCAGCUGCUCUCCCGCUUGUGUGUCUGCCACCCCCCUGACAGGGGCUGUGCACUGCACCGGCUAGGAGGGCAGCACAUGGAGCUGUCAAUCACAGAGCCAGAGACGCCGUCCGCCCACCCCGGCCCAGCUUGCAUCCAUUCAUGCAUUUUAUAAAAAGAGAGUUUUGUUUAACUCAAACCUCUGCUGUUUUGCUUUUAUGGAUUUGAGUAGUAAUGCCUUGAUCAGACCGACAGCCUCAUUGCAUCAAUGCUGCGUAAAAAAGUCUGCAGUCAAACUUUUUUCAUGAUGUAAUCCAACAUUUGUACUGGAUGUGUGUGCAACAAAAGUUAAACAUUCACCUUUUGCUACUAUUUCUGUCAAGUCUACGCAUACAAUUUGAUGCUUACGCUGGAUUUAUCCAACAUAUGCACCACACGGAACACACUGCAAUUGCCUCUGCAACGCAAUGCUGCAAGGCAAACACAGCGUUCCAUUGGAAAUGAAUGUACUUCUGGUGUACCAAAACGCAUUGUCGCCUUCGGUCUGAUCGAGGCGUUCAACUGAACUGCAGCAAUGCUUUGACUCAUGUACAUUUUAAUUUCAUAUAAGGGCAAAUGGGUAAAAAAAAAACUGAAAGGCCGCUCAGCAAGGAAGAAGCCACUGCUCCAAAACUGCCAUAAAAAAGCC